AAUGGCAGAAGCUCUUCUCAAUGUCAUCUUUGAGAAGCUAACCGACGAAGCCUUCAAUAAAUUUGCUCGCUCUCAGGAGAUUGAUUCUAAGCUCAAUGACCUGAAGAUCACACUGACCCAAAUUAAAGCUCUGCUUAAUGAUGCUUCUCAAAAGGAAAUAGCCAGUGAAUCUGUGAGACUAUGGCUGAAUAGUCUCCAACAUUUGGCUUACGAUAUCGAUGACGUACUCGACGAUGUGGCUACCGAAGCUAUACAUCGUGAGCUGACACAGGAAUCAGGAUCAGUCAUCAGCAAGGUAAGAAAACUCAUGGUCCCAAGUUUCUUCACAAAAUUCUCACAAAGUCAAAGUUUGCAUGACAAGUUAGAUAGUAUUACCACCCAGUUACAACAACUAGAGAAACAAAAGUCUGAUCUGGGUUUGAUUGUGAGAGAUGAUAAGCCAAAAAGUAGUAGUAGGCGAAACGAAACCUCUUUGCUAGAAUCUGAUGUUGUUGGGCGAGAAGGUGAGAAAGAGAAGUUGAUCAACAAGUUGUUGCAGGAUGAACCAUCUAAACAAAACUUUGUUAUUGUGCCCAUCGUUGGUAUGGGUGGGGUGGGGAAAACCACUCUGGCAAGAAUAUUGUAUAACGACACACGGGUGAUAGAUCACUUUGAACUCAUGAUAUGGGUUUGUGUUUCCGACGUGUUUGAUAUAUUUAAAAUAAGUGAAACCAUCUUCCAAUCAGUGGCUACAGAAAACAAGCAGUUUAAAGACAUAAAUCUGCUUCAAACUGCUCUGAGAGAGCAAAUUAAGGACAAAAGAUUUCUUCUAGUACUUGAUGAUGUUUGGAAUGAAAACUAUGACGACUGGGAAAACCUAGUGCGUCCAUUUCAUUCUGGGGCUACUGGAAGUAGGGUAAUCAUGACAACUCGCAAGCAUCUACUGCUUAAAAAGAUAGGUUUUAAUCAUUUAGACCAUCUUGAGAGUUUGUCACAUGAAGACGCUUUGUCUUUAUUAGCUCUACAUGCAUUGGAUGUAGAUAACUUUGACUCACAUACAACACUUAAACCACAAGCUGAAGGUAUUGUAAAAAAAUGUGGUGGUUUGCCUUUAGCUUUAAAGGCAAUUGGAAGGUUACUGAGAACCAAAAUCGAGGUAGAAGAAUGGGAUGACGUGUUGAAAAGUAAGAUAUGGGAUUUAGAAAAUGCUGAUGCAAUUGUUCCAGCCCUAAGGCUAAGCUACCAUGAUCUUCCUGCUGAUUUGAAGCGCUUGUUUGCAUACUGCUCUUUGUUCCCAAAGGACUUUAUGUUUGACAAGGAGGAGUUGAUAUUAUUAUGGAUAGCUGAAGGGUAUCUGAACGAGUCAACUGCGAACAAGUCACCAGAACGCUUGGGCCAUGAAUAUUUUGAGAAAUUGCUAUCAAGGUCCUUUUUUCAACCCGCACCUAAUGGUGAAUCGUUUUUUGUGAUGCAUGAUCUCAUGAACGAUUUGGCCACAUUUGUUGCUGGAGAAUAUUUUUUGAGGUUUGACAAUCAGACGGAGAUGGCAGAGGAAGCUUUAGGCAAGUACCGACAUAUGUCAUUUAUGCGUGAGGACUAUGUAGGUUUCCAGAAGUUUGAGGCAUUUCCAAGAGCAAGAAGUUUGAGAACACUGUUAGCUGUAUAUGUUGGGGUAGAACAAAGCUGGAACAAGUUUUACAUAUCCAAUAAAAUUUUGGUUGACUUACUUCCUCAACUAACACUGUUACGGGUUCUUUCUUUGAGCCGUUUUGACAUAAGUGAGGUACCGGAUUCCAUUUGUAGUUUGGACCACUUGAGGUAUCUUAAUUUGUCUCGAACAAAUAUCUCAAAGUUACCUGAGAAUGUUGGUAAUCUUUACAAUUUACAAACAUUGAUUGUUUUUGGUUGUAAGAGCUUGAGUACAUUGCCUAAAAGCUUCCUAAAGCUCAAAAAAUUGAGGCAUUUUGACAUCAGGGAUACUCCGCAUUUGAAGAAGCUGCCCUUGGGAAUUGGUGAGUUAAAAAACUUACAAACUCUCCCCAAGGUCAUCGUUGGAGGAGACGGUGACUUUGCAAUAACCAAGCUUAAGGGAUUAGAGAAUUUACGUGGGGAACUUUCCAUUGAAGGAUUGCAGAAAGUGCAAAUCCCAAUGCAAGCAAGGGAGGCGAACCUAUCUCAAAAAAGGCUUACUAAGUUAAAGCUGAAGUGGGAUGAUGGUUCUCAGAGAGGAACACUUGAAAAGGAGGUUCUCACUGAGCUCAAGCCACACACUGAUACGUUGAAACAUUUUGCAGUUGAGUAUUACGGGGGAGUAGAGUUUCCAUGUUGGGUCGGGGAUCCCACUUUUCAUCAAUUGGUUCAUGUGUCGCUACGGGGUUGUAGAAAAUGUACAUCUCUACCGCUGCUUGGGCGGUUACCUUCACUUAAGGAGUUGUUGAUUAAAGGAAUGGAUGAUGUUAAAGUCAUCAGUUUGGAGUUAAGUAGGAGUACUGCUGUUACCUUCCCUUCACUUGAAAUUCUAAGGUUUGAAGAUAUGUCUAGUUGGGAGGUAUGGUCAACCAAUAGCGAGGUAAUGUUUCCACGCCUUCGAGAGCUUCAAAUAAUCAAAUGUCCCGAUUUGAUUGAUGUCUCACUUGAAGCAUUACCUUCACUAAGAGUUUUGAGGUUAGAGGGAUGUAGUGAAAGUGUGCUGAGAAGUCUGGUUCAAGCAGCUUCAUCAACCACUAAAUUGGAAAUAGAAUCAAUUUUAGGGCUUACGGAUGAGGUGUGGAGAGGUGUCAUAGUGAAUUUCUGGGCGGUUGAAGAGCUAUGCAUACAAUGUUGUGAUGAGAUAAGAUACCUAUGGGAAUCAGAUGCAGAGGCAAGUAAAGUUCUUGUAAAUUUAAAGGAACUGAAGGUAUGGAGAUGUAAAAAUUUGGUGAGUUUAGGAGAGAAAGAGGGGGAUGAGGAUAAGAUUGGGAGCAACCUCCUAUCAUCUCUUAGGAUUUUGGAUGUAAGAGAAUGUAAUCGUAUGGAGCGUGUGUGUUGUCCAAAUAGCAUUGAGGGUUUAACUAUCAGUUGGUGUAGUUCAGUUAGAGAUGUCUCCUUCCCAAGAGCAACAACAACAACAGGUGGAGGAGGGCAGAAUCUCAAGUCACUUACUAUAUGGGGUUGUGGAAAUCUAAAAUCAAUAAAUCAAUUGAGUAACUCCACUCACCUCACCUCUUUGACAAUAAGAGGUUGUGAAAACAUGGAGUUAUUUUCUGAUCUUCAUCAGCUAUCAAAUCUCACCUCGUUGUAUAUAAAAGGUUGUAAAAGCAUAGAGUCAUUUUCUGACCUUGAGCUAUCAAACCUCACCGGGUUGAGAAUAGAAGGUUGUGAAAGCAUAGAGUCAUUUCCUAAACUCCAUCUGCCAAAUCUCACAGAACUGGACAUAGAAAGUUGCAAAAACAUGAAGGCAUUUCCUGACCUUCAGCUAUCCAAUCUCACCAUGUUAAAAGAAAUGUUUAUUAGAAAUUGUCCAAUGAUUGAUGCUUCCUUUCCUCGUGGGCUUUGGCCUCCCAAUUUGUGUCUCCUUAGAAUAGGGGGGUUGAAAAAGCCCAUCUCAGAAUGGGGCAAUCAGAAUUUCCCAGCUUCCCUUGUUGACCUAACAUUAUAUAAUGAACCUGAUGUGAGGAAUUUUAAUCAAUUGUCCCACAUUUUCCCUUCUUCUCUUACAUCUCUGGACAUAUCCGAAUUUGAUAAUCUGGAAUCCCUUUCAACGGGACUCCAACACCUCACAUCUCUUCAACAUCUCACCAUUAGCAGAUGUCCAAAGGUGAACGAUCUACCAGAGACGCUGUUACCUUCGCUUUUGAGUUUGAGAAUAUAUUAUAGCCCGCAAUUGAAAGAAAGGUGUUCAGGAAGAGGCUCCCACUACUGGCCACUCAUCUCUCAUAUCCCGAAAUUCCAAAUAUAAGAGACUAAUUGAAAGAAAGUCACCGAGAAGAGAUUCCCUGCCGCGAAUACCCAAUCACUGGGGGAAAACGACAUCGUACCACCAUCUUCACAUCCUAUCGGAUUUCUAAACCCAUCACAGCCGACCGACAUCCCCUGCAUCUACAUGGACGGCAGUGACAUAUUCUAAAGGAUCUUCUGGGUGAUGGAACAUUCACAGUUGACCAGGUCAUAUUCAAGAACAGAGAAAAGUCUCAAGGUGUGAUUUUUCAGUGAAAGUAUCUUGAGUAAAGUGCAGUAAAACUCGCGCAUAUAAUUACUGAAUCAGCUAAUAACAGACAAAGUGUCGACGACAUAAGUGAUUUAUUCAUGAAAAUCAGUUGGAUUCAAUAUUCAAAGUGAAGGUCUUAAGGAAUUGUCAAACAUCGGACCAGAGGCUAAGUUUAAAGGAAAGGGUUAAAGUGCUUGAUGAUGGACAACAUCAUUUCUGUUGAAGAAAGAAGAUAUUCUGCAAAUCAACAACACACAUCCAAAAUACUUCAUAAUUGGUGGAAAGGAGGCUGGCUACAUCUAUUGCCAUAAUUUGGUUCAUUUACAUGCUCUGCAAACAUCCUGAGAUUCAAGAUAAGGUUGAAUAAGAAAUCAAAGAAGCAACAAACAUGAGAAACAAAUUCAAGAUAAGCUUCAUGUAACUUGGAACAAAACUCUCGCGAGUCUAUCCUGCAUCUCAGUGACUGCAGACUCGUAUUUGGUGCAACUAGACAAUUUGAAGUUAUACGAGGAUAAGUAAUGGACAAAUGUCUCAACAAGCCACACGCGUGGACAAAUGCUAUAGGCUGUUAAUUUCAAGGAACUUAUAAUUGAUGAAGAACUAAUGGAGAUUACCUAUGACGGCAAGUUACCACUAAUGAGGAUUAUGGAACUAGCCUAUGAUGUCAAUUGUCAAGUUACCAUCUGAUGAAGAUUAAGGGAUCUUACCACUGAAGCGAGUUACCUCUAGUGAAGAUUGAUGAAGUCUCGCUAAUGAAGAAGAGAUGCCACGUGUUAGCUUAUCAUUUGACGAAGACAAUCUGUUGAGAGGAUGUUAUACAUAAUUGUCACUUGUCAAUUCCGUACGUCUCAACAAGAAUAUAGAUACACGAGUCUGCAUUGAUAUUAUUAUCACUUGACCCCAUAGUUUAAUGUGUGCAAAUUCAGAGAAAAUUUGCAUGUCACCCUCGUCAUAGCUAGAGCGUUAGCUAGAAAACCAUCUGUAAAUUCAAUUUUAAUUUAUAACUAGUUUUACAUGAUGUAUUGAAACAAUCGAUUUUGAUGAAUACCUUGUGCUUAUAGCAAUUGUUCUUCUA